AUGGGAAUCACAGAAGAGAGAGUGGUGGCAGUUAUCAUGGUCGGAGGCCCCACAAAAGGCACUCGUUUCCGUCCAUUAUCAUUCAACGUUCCCAAACCACUCUUCCCAUUAGCUGGACAACCCAUGGUUCAUCACCCUAUCUCUGCUUGUCGGAAAAUUCCCAAUUUGGCCAGGAUUUACCUCGUUGGUUUCUAUGAAGAACGCGAAUUCGCAUUAUAUGUAUCCUCCAUCUCCAAUGAACUUAAACUCCCUGUUAGGUACUUGAAGGAGGAUAAGCCACAUGGCUCUGCUGGUGGUCUUUAUAACUUUAAAGAUCUCAUCAUGGAAGAAGAUCCGUCACACAUUUUCUUGCUCAAUUGUGAUGUUUGCUGCAGUUUUCCGCUCCCACAAAUGCUAGAGGCUCACAAAAAACAUGGUGGCAUGGGAACAAUACUGGUUGUCAAGGUUUCUCCGGAGUCAGCUAGCGAAUUUGGGGAAUUGGUUGCUGAUCCAGUCACCCAUGAACUCUUGCAUUACACAGAGAAACCUGAGACUUUUGUUAGUGACCUUAUAAACUGCGGUGUGUAUAUAUUUACACCAGAUAUCUUUACUGCCAUUGAGGGUGUUUCUUCUCAGUGGAAAGACAGAGCUAACUUAAGGCGUGUCUCCAGCUUUGAAGCAAUGGUGCCAGACACAAGGAGUCAAACCAGAUAUGUCCGAUUGGAUCAAGAUAUUCUCUCACCUCUUGCAGGGAAGAAACAGUUGUAUAUACAUGAAACUUUGGACUUUUGGGAACAAAUCAAAACUCCUGGAAUGUCCAUAAGAUGUUCAGCCUUGUAUCUUUCACAAUUCCGCCACACAGCCCCCCAUCUAUUAGCUAAUGGAGAUGGUAUUAAGAAAGCCUACAUCAGUGGUGAUGUUUAUAUUCAUCCAUCAGCUAAAGUGAACUCGUCUGCAAAGAUAGGUCCUGGUGUAUCAAUAUCAGCAAAUGCUCGUAUAGGAGCUGGUGCAAGGCUCAUAAAUUGUAUAGUCCUUGAUGAUGUUGAAAUCAAGGAGAAUGCUGUUGUUCUUCACGCAAUUGUUGGAUGGAAAUCCUCCAUUGGACGAUGGGCACGUGUCCAGGGUCGUGGAGAUUACAAUGCAAAACUUGGCGUCACUAUACUUGGUGAAUCUGUUGUAGUUGAGGAUGAAGUGGUUGUUAUUAAUAGUGUUGUCCUUCCAAACAAGACCUUAAACGUUGGCGUUCAAGACGAGAUUAUUCUAUAG